AAAACCUGUGUUUAAAUGUUUCUGAUUUCUAGGCACUUUACUGAAGACAUGGCAAACGUUACUCCAAGAAAAAGAAAAUACAGUUCUUCUACUUCUGAUUGCUGGCAGUUAGUAUAUGGAAAUCCAGUAAAAAAACUGAUGCUGGAGUUCACUGAGGAUCAGUCCAUGGUGAAGAUGCCUGCAGGUCACUGUGUUGCAUCUCUGAGAAAGCAAACUCCUGACUUUCAAGAUAAUGAUAAAGAGAACCACCAUUUGCUCCAGAGGUCAACCAAAUCACAGAAUUUGGAUUCAUCUCCACUACAGACAGCCAGUGUGCCAGGGAGAAUACUAAGGGAGUUCCAGCAGAGAGCAUCCCCUCUAUCUGAGACUACACACAGUUCCAUUGUAUCCUCCAGCUCCUUUUAUAGCAAAGGGAAACCAUAUCUCAGUAUACUGGAGAGAAAGCUGGCCAAUGAAAGCCUUCCUCUUGGUGCAAGAAAAGAUGAAGGCAACUUACCUAUUGCCAACAAGACAGAGAUAGCCCAGGUGAAAAUAAUGCCAGCCAUGAAAACCAACUCAAAAACAUCUAAGCGCUCAGUAGCUUCAAGGCAGGCCAAGACUUUGUCAAGAAAUGCCAAAAAGGCUAAAACAGACAGAAUCCCAGCAAAGCCUGUUCAACAGAAAGAAAAUGUUAAUUCUGUUGUUGAAAAGAAAAUGGAAACUCCUUCCAGAAUCUUAAGCAUGAAGUUCAAACCCGUGCUGAAACUCCAAACAGGUGCAGCAUUCUUCAACACUGGGAAGAAGAGGUCCUUUGGCUCUAAGAAGGAGCUUUCCUCUCCAUCAUCUCAGCACUCUGUCAACAAGUCUGUGAUGAAGGAGAAGCAGGUCAGAGUCCAAGCCUGUACAGAACCCCAUUUGUCCACCAAAAGCAAAGCUGUUGAGGUUGGCAGAAAAAGAAACCAAAUCUAUGAGGCCCAAAAUCAGGAGAAACAAGACCAUAUGGAAGAUAGUGGGACACUGUCCUCUAACGCAAGCCAAGAUAUGAAGACAGUAUGUGAACUGAACCUUUUGCAGAAAACUGAGGUCUGCCAGCUUCCUCACUCUGAUUGCUCAAACACCAUAGAUCAAAAGGCAAUUGAUAUGGAGGUCUCUAAAGAGAUCUCAGAAGGACCAUCCAAAAACAGGGAUGAGUAUGAGAAUGCUUCUUCCAGUAGGAUUCCCACUGAGAUUACUAAGUCAUCCUCUGCGGCAAAUCCUUUUUUGAGUAUACCUUCUAGCAACAGAAAAAGGCUGCCAGUUCUCCCAGAUGAGCAGACUGCACUCAUGGAGCACAGUCCUGUUGUGCAGAAAGUUCCUGCCAUACUGAAAACCAGCAAAAAGGCAAAGGAAUUGCGCAAAGACUUAAAAGAUCAGAUGGUCAUUGAUGCUGGUCAGAAACAUUUUGGUGCCACUGUUUGCAAAGCAUGUGGCAUGGUUUACUCAGCUGCCAACCCAGAGGAUGAAACACAGCAUGUACAGUACCACCAGAGGUUCCUUGAGGGAAUAAAAUACGUGGGCUGGAAGAAUGAACGCGUAGUUGCAGAAUUCUGGGAUGGGAAAAUUAUCUUGGUCCGGCACGGUGAUCCAAAAUAUGCCACCAAAAAAGUGGAAGAGGUACGGGAGCUAGUCGAUAAUGAACUUGGGUUUAAACAGGUGACUCUGGCCUCUCCAACUCAGACUCAAACAUACCUGUUUAUAUCAUUUAACAAGAUAGUUGGCUGUUUAAUAGCUGAACCAGUCAGGCAGGCUUUUCGAGUGCUUUCUGAGCCAGCAGAAUCUCCCACUAAGAACAGCCUGGAGCAUCAUCGUGCCUGGUGCUGCUCAACAAAGCCAGAAAAAGUGGUCUGUGGGGUCAGUAGAAUCUGGGUGUUUAGCCUGAUGCGGAGAAAGGGCAUUGCCAGACACUUGGUAGAUGCUGUCAGGCAUACAUUUGUAUUUGGCUCUUGCCUAAGCACCGAUGAAAUCGCCUUUUCAGAUCCCACACCAGAUGGCAAGUUGUUUGCAGCCAAAUAUUGCCAAACCCCUAACUUCCUUGUUUAUAAUUUUCUUAAUUAGGGCUGUGCAAUUUCAGUAUGUUUCAGUGAAGUUACUGAUAGAUUUAUCUUUUCAUUGGGGAAAGAUGCCUGUUCUUCAGGGAGGUUAAGACUGAGAUGUAGUGGUGUUCAGUGUUAACUGAGGAAUGGUAUCAAGUUGCUAUUGUUUUCUGUAAAGUUUAUUACUGGAAUUCAAGCUUCUAAAUUUGAUUUAGAAGAGAAUUCUGACUAAUACUGUCUAGUUUCUCUGGUUAUUGUCAGCUGCCUAGAUCUGUUGCCUUUUGGUUCCCAUCAGGUUCUUGGCAAACCAGAUGGGUUGCUAGUAGCUGGGCUUCUAGGUGUGAGGAAAUGGACAUGUGUGUGGAGUUUUAUGCUGCUAUGAACGAAUUACUAUAUUUUUGUACCUGGUGGUAGAUGUGCAACACUGGGACUAAUCCUGAAGUGUUUCAUGUGAAGGUAAAAACUGCAUGGCUACAAAGCGCUGAAUUUCUUGCACUAGAUUUUGAGUUGAUCACAUCUGUUCAAAUAAAUAUUUGUGAAUUAA